AUGGAUGCGUGCUACUCGAGUCGGCGUGAAGACAUUCCUUGGCCAGCAACGACGAAAUUGCUUCUCUUGGCAUCCGAACAUUUGACUCGUAUCUUCCUCUGUGCCUUUGCCAAUCGUGGCACUUCAGUGGCGGAGGGCACUUACCACGCCUUGACUGUCUUUGCUCCGUUGCGCAGGGGAGGCAAGAAGCGAUUGAGUGGCAAUGACGCUAUGCAAUGCAGACGGAAGGACAGUGGCUGA